AUGGUGCUCGCAGUGUUUGCAUUCGCGUUCGGGAGUAUACUAUGGAACCACGAGGACCCGGUAGCUGGGAUAAAGCAGAUCGUGUCACGACUGUUUCCAGUGCAAAGAGGUCUGUGCCACGCGUACUGGGCACCGAACUUCUGGGCUCUGUAUGCGUUCCUCGACAAAGUGUUGGUGACCCUCGGGUUCCCAGCUUCGACAGAAGGUAUCGCGCUGAUGAGUGGAGGACUCGUGCAGGAGGCGAGUUUUGCUGUGCUGCCCACGGUCUCACCGCUAGCAUGUGCAGUGCUGACGUUCGCUAUGAUGACUCCAGUACUACGAAGUAUUUGGAAGUACCCGGACUCGUCGUUGUUUACCAGUGCACUUGCUUACUGCAUGCUCUGUUCGUUCCUGUUGGGUUAUCACGUGCACGAGAAGGCUAUUCUCCAAGUGACACUGCCGUUGGCUCUCAUGGCUGCCGAUAGUGUGGCUAGUAUGCGUUUGUACAGGUUUGCAUCUGGCGUUGCAACUAUCUCGCUCUUCCCGUUGCUGUUCACACCCGCUGAACAAGGAUCGAAGGUGCUGGUGGGUGCUUGCCAUGCGUUGCUAGUCGAGGUCGUUCUCGUCCCGCUGCUCAAGCACUCACUCAAGGAACGACACAUCAAGGUCACCGCUGUCGGCAUGUCAAUCUUCGAGCGGGUUUUCCUGACUGGACUGGCAGGGCUCGCGUUGUUGGCAGUGAUGUUCCCUUACAUCCCGAGGAUUGGCGCUCAAUAUCCCUUCCUGCCUCUGAUGUUCAUCUCGGUCGGCUGUGCCAUUGGAAAUAUUUACGUGUGGGGCUUCACGGUCACUCAGCAUUUCCGUAAACUAGACGCUGUCAAGUACUAUCUCGACGCCCAAAGACCAAAGUAA